AACUUAUAUUUUAUCUUUUCCUAAUUCUUAGAACUAAUUAAAAAAGAUAAAAUAGUCUAAUAUUCUUAAAUCGAGAUUAAAAUUAAUCUACAUUCUUUUUUCAUCCUUCAUUCUUCACUCGAUCAUUUUCUAAUGUCUGUUUCUAUCAAUAUAGAUUAAAGUUAAUCCUUUUUUUAGAGGUCCUCUAAUCAGAAUCUAGACUAGAUUUGAGAUUCGAUCGCCCUUUAUGUAUUAAGAAUUAUUACUCAAUCUGUUCUAAAUAAUCCAAGACUUCGUUGACAAUGUUAACUAUCUUCGGUUCUCUAUUCAGAUAUCGAUAUAUUAUGUGAUCAAAAAGUAUACAGUGAGUUUUAAAGAAAUGGCAGGAACAAUAGCUGGUAAAGAGAUGCUUGAAAACACUCCGGAUGCCAAACGUGUUCCAUAUGAAAGAUCGAAGGACAAUUCUGUGGCAAGGUCUCAAUUAACGCCAGCUAUUUCUGCUGCAGGGAUUUGCUCCGGAUGGAAGCCCUCUCCUCUUCAGGAGCAAAAGCAACAAAUUAUCGAUAGCGACUGGGGAGGAUACGCCUUGGAUCUGGAUUUAUGGGAGGACAGCAAAUCGCCCGUGGUUCAGAUAAGGCCGGAUGAGGUGUCGUUGGACGAUAAGGAGAGCUCUGGCUUUCUGUCUGACAGAUUGAUAGGCAUCGGAUCAUCUUUCCUGGCGAGAUCGCCCGAAAACGGUCUCUAUAUUCUCAGCAAAUGUAUCCUGAAAAAUAGGGGUCUCACGGACAUUGUCAUGCUGCGACAUCAUCGGCACUUACAAUAUAUUAACGUCGCCAGUAAUAACAUAUCAUGUUUGUCGCCUCUGAGCGGCCUCCGAUGUUUAAUGUAUUUAAACGCGUCGCACAAUCAAAUUGACCGUGUAUCGAACUUUGUGCCUCCUUGGUACCUCACUUACGUAAAUUUAUCUUACAAUCAUAUGACGGACAUCGGCGACUUGAGAAACUGUUGGAGCAUCGUCAGAUUAAAUUUGUCUCACAACAAUCUGGAGAUCAUCUCUGGCCUGGAAAAUUUGAAACAUCUACGGUACUUAAACUUGUCCUACAAUCUCAUCGAAUGUAUCGAAAACUUGGACGGUCUGAAUAUACGAGAAUUAAAUUUAGAAGGCAACUGCAUAACGUCUUUCAGAUCCUCUACGCCCGGCCAUGGCAUAAAUACGUUGCUGAAUUUGCGAACAAUUCUCCUGGGACACAAUAGAUUGUCGACUUUGGGCUUCUUCAAGGACGCAUACAGUUUACGCUUCGUAGAUCUAAAGUUCAAUAGAAUCACCGAUCUGUUGGAGGUAUUCAACUUGAAGGGCUCGAUAUUCGAGGUCGAUUUUAGGGGUAACACCUGCACGAAGUGGCCCAAUUAUCGAAAUGUAUUGAUAUCUUCCAUACCAAGCGUUAAAUUUAUUGACGGCGUCGAGGUGUUUCCGGAAGAAAAGGUGACAUCAACGAUGCUGUUUGCCUCGCCAUUGGAUUUAAUAGCUGCCCGUAAAGUAGCAAAAUUAACGCUACUGGAGCAGUUAAACAUCAGCAAAGUGGACGCUCACGUUCAACCGUACGACGAAAUCAGCCCUCCUCUGAUGAUACUCACAGGACCAUCGGCGCUGAAGAAAAUGGCAUUGGCCUUGCAUGUGGCUCAAACAAUUCCCGACAAAAUAAAAUACUGCCGUUGGCAUACCACGAAAGAGAUAUGCGAAAACGAUGACGAACGUAAAGCUCAUAUUCCUGUAAACAGAGAAGAGUUUAACGAUAUGGCGCGGCGUGGCGAGUUUUUGGUAAUCCUGGACCUCUUAGAUGUAAAUCAGAUCAGUCCAUUAAUAUCUGAACGCAAAAUUGGGCUCACUCAAAUGAAUCUGUACGCAGUUACGGAAAUUUCUAAACGAUAUCCGAAUGUGAAGGCGAUCUUGAUGUUCACGCAUAGUGUCAAUCUCCACAGGGACUGGAUACGAGAAAAAUUUGACGUUUACACGUGGAUUAAAGACAGUGUGGAAAAUUUGUUGGCUGUUAAAAUAGGCAAGCAUCGGGAGGAAGAAACGGAGACCGCUAGUUGUAUAUUAAGUUUUAUCGAAGAAAUUCUGGAUGAGAUAAUGUGCCGUCUAGAAUUUCCAAUUUACUGCAUCUCCGUGAGACCGCAAGGAAACGGGUCGACAACAACUGACAUUAUAUUGCAAAGCAAAACGAUGCUACCGAAGGUCGUACUACGAAGGAGCGAGGUAGUGUCGCUGGAAAAGAAACGUAUUACGUUGACAGAAGCGAGAAAUGGAAAAUUGUUUGAUCGAUUUUCGUCUGAAGAAAAAAGGAGAACGACAGGAGAAUUAAAAGUGUUAUUGGAUGAAGAAUCGAAUAUUAUUGUUGAUGAUGAAGAGACGAAACGCGAAGAGCGCAAGUCGAAGAUGUUGCUGCGUCGAACUACGUUGGUGACGAACAUGUCUAACCAUUUCGAUGACGAUGAUCUCGGCGAAUCGACGUCUUCCGAAGAAGCAACGGAAAAUCAUGAAGAAAGACUAACGCAUGAAGAAAAAACAGAGGCAUUAAAAAAUACCUAUGUCGAACUUGUAAUAAAAAGCAGGAAAUUGUAUUUGGAUUAUCACGAAAGUCAUCCUGGCUUUUUUAUUUUAGUGUUGCUUAUGGAUAAUUAUACAAAAGCUUUUGACUCAUUAAUUGAUUUCAUUCAUGAGUCAUAUACGAGUUUGCCUUAUAGGAAGUCAAUCUUUUUAUCAGAAAUACAGCAUUUUAGGCAUACGGUAAUUCCCAUCAUGCUUGAAAAUAUUGUUGAUGAAAUCAGAGAAAAUUUAUCAAUAUCUAAACUCCAACGCAGAAGACUAUUAAAAUUGCAGGAAAUCGAUUGUCCUCAAAAUAAUGAUCGUGAUUAACAUUAACAAAGCAAAU